AAGGAUAAUGCAGAAAUAAAACUGCAGGGCAAAACGGGGAGAAUUGGGGUAAAAUAAUGUAGUUAAAAAACAUAAUAACAAACCGAGUCGCUGGGCGUCGCUGUGAGUCCCCCAUGACUGAGGUGAAGGAAGGAACCAGAAGAAAUGGUCUCAGUGGUGGACGUGCUGUGUCUCCUGCUGGUCUCUGUGUUAUGGGGAGCCACCAACCCGUUCCUCAAGAAAGGAACCGAGGGCAUCGAGCACGUUCGGAAAGGAAACGUGAUCUCCCAGUUCCUGGCUGAAGCCAAAUUUCUGUUCCUCAACAUCAAGUAUCUGGUGCCGUUUCUGCUGAACCAGAGCGGCUCUGUGGUCUUCUACCUCACCCUUGCUACAACAGAUUUGUCUCUGGCCGUGCCGACGGUCAACUCUCUCAGCCUUGUGUUCACGAUGUUCACCGGCAAACUGCUCGGGGAGGAGUGUGGAGGAAAAAGUGCCGUGUUGGGGAUGAUGCUGAUUACAGCCGGUGUGACGCUGUGUGUGUUGAGUUCUGUCUCAGAGAGCAACGGGGUGCAGGACUAAACCCCACGCCAUGACUCUUCACGGGGAACAUCAGUGCUUCUAGUAGCACGUGAUCCUGGACCGAUAUUCCUUAUAACCUGUCAUUACAUCACACUUAUCCAGCAGAGACACACAGAGGACCCACAGACGAUAAAAAACCAUUUAUCCGC